AUGAUCCUUUCAGAAGGCGUUCCCAUGACAAACGGUGAGGUGUUUUCGCUGCUUCGCCGUCGACGUGAUGAGCGGAACGGGAAACAUCAGCCGUCGUUUGGGCUUCAGUUCCUUGGGAACAGCAGCAUUGCUCAACAGCAGAGCCAGCGGAUUACUGCCCCGAAAGCAGGUAGUCAAUCGAUGGCAACUGCCACCCAAUCCAAUUUCUUUUAUCCACCCGAUGCGGUUCUAAAGUCUUCUGAGGCCUCCUAUUCGGGUUUCAUGUCCACACCACCUGUGGGUCUCUUAAAUCCCCCAAAGAACAGCGCAUUACUUGCAUCACCCGCUGCGUCUCAUCUGGUGGUACUUUUAACGGAGGUGAGAGUGCUGCGUUACCUAAGCCGCUACUCCACCAUUAGUGGCAAUGAUGGUGUUCGGGCAAUUUACGGCCCUUCAAGCAUUUAUAACAGGCAACCCUGUCGUCUCCGUACCGCUUGUGCUAGUAGACUGGAGGCCCACGCUGAUGAGCAGGCGGAGAACCAACAACUCGCACCAGCAGCUGCGUGUGAAAAUGAAGAAGGUAGAAAUGAAGAUAGCGUUGAUAAGAGUAUUGGCGCUUUUGAUGAUUCGGUGCAGGCGGAGGCCUUACGACUGUUGGAGAAGCAUCGGCCAGGAACUGUCGGCCAUGUGAGAGGGAUGGAGUCACUACUCUCACUAUGGGAACAACAAGGCCGUGAUGCAGAGCGGGAAAGUGCCGCACGACUUAACGUUGUGUUGCGUGAGUUGCAGAGGCGUGUUGGAGUAGCAAACCAGAACGGCGAUGAAUCGCCAGCUUCAGGGAAGGACGAAGGCAAGUGGCAUGAAAGGCGACCUGUGGAAGAUCGAGCCCGUAAGUUGUUUGCUCAGCCUACUGUUCCACUCGCGAUGUUUCUCAGUGAUCAGCAUCCGGUAGCCAGUGGUGCAAGUGCAGGUCGACUUAGUAGGGGCGGUGUCACCUUCAUUGAUGCUGCCACACCCGAGCCUCGACGCCGCCAGUGGACGGAGCAGGAUGUAAUGCAACUCGUCAUUGCCAGGCCAAAGAAUAGUCUUGACGUGUAUAGGGUUGUGGAAGAUUUGGAGCAAUACACGGGAGAUAAUGAGGAGCUUUCAGCCUUUCUUGAGAAGGGUAUUUUGGAGGCAUUCGCCUAG